AUGCAAAAAUCAAUACGAUCAUUCAUAGUCUUUUUCAAUGUGCUAUAUAUCCAACAGCUUUUUGUAUUGGCAGCUACUCCUACGACAUAUUAUAGUCAACCGGUAAAUAUACAGCCGCAAGUCGACAAACAGCCAUACACAACUACUACACAAAAUACUAAUACUGUAGAACCUCCCACAGUUCAACAUACUCACGAUAGACCGCAAGCGCCACCUGAAAAGAGAGAAAUAAACUUCUACUCGAAUAAACCUAAUAUCGGAUAUCUGUACAAUGUGGGCUCAAAGAAGUUCAUAGGGACUGACAACAAACACUACUGGCUUUUUGCAGUUGACAACAACCCUCUUCUCGUUGCAUUAGUCACAAGUUACGGAGAGAAAAUUGGAACAUAUCAGGAAAUAAUUCCAGUGGAAAAUACACAGAAUCCAAAACUUGGAAAAAAAAACUCAUCAGAUGUGCACGCAGGUGUAAAAAGAUUCGAUGUAGGAGGGGGGAGCGGUAAAAAGAGAUGCUACCUCUUUGGAUCUACAUCACCUUACAACAGAUUUGUCGUUACACCGCCAUACUAUAAGAACAGCUCAGCGUUUAAGAUACAGAGAUUCGGCUUCUGUCUGGGAAUUGAUGCAUCCAUGAAUCUGAUGCAAAUGGACUGUGUGGACGAUACAACAGAUGGACAUGGUACCCCUGAGAACGAUAUGCAACUCUUUAAGCUCUGCCGCGUAGAAUCAUCCAACCGAUGUGACGAGCUAUAG